AUGGCUGGUAUGGGUUCAGUGGCGCCGCUGCCUAUGUUCCCGGCUAUGGGCAUGAUGGCCCUGUACCAAGAGAUGAUGGGUAAGAUGCUGUCCAACAGUAACUCCAACAACCGCGAGGACAUAGCUGAACAGAUGGUGACGGAGGAAGGAGAGCCACGCGAGAAGGGCAAGGUUAGAAAGACGACGAGAUGA